CUCUCCCUCCCUUUCUGCCUCUCCCUCCCUUUCUGCCCCUCCCCUCAGCGCUUCCGCGCCCCUCCCUCCCCUCACCUCCUGCGGAGACUCUACUACCUCUCGGUCAAGGUACUUCUCAAUGGAAUCACUAUAAAAUCUGUUUCGACGGCGCGAUGACGCCAAGUAAGCGUUCUGGCCGGAUCGAACUUACGAGCUUGGGCGAUUGGUCGGAUAUCAGCGACGUUUUUUCGUUGUAUGAGUUCGAAUUGCACGAUAAGAUUGUUAUGCAUUUUUGGGUGUACGUAGCUGAGGUGGUGAGUGUAGGGAUCAAAGUUGUUUUUUUUUGGGCAUUGGUCUACAUGGACAUUGAUAACGGCGCGGGAGGGGCUGCGGAUGAUGAAGGGAUAGUUGGAAAUCACGCCCCCGCUCCACCAAUACAGCAAGAACCUGCAGAUUUUUUGGUUGAUUUCCUCCAGGAAUUGCCCGAUGUGACGAGAGUCAUUGCUGAGGCGCUGAUAACUUUGCCCAAAGUAGACACUGAAAAUGAAAACUGAGUAGCUUUUUUGCCUGCACCUGCACCUGUACCUGCCUUGCAAGCGAUGAUUGUCUGCAAUUGAAGCUAUUACUGUGGCUGCUGGCGCCGUCGUAGUGCAACCUUGUUUCAACCCGUUGAAUGCCAGAUGUAAACUACGUGGAUUCUCGAAAUCUUGGUUCGAAUGGUUUGUUAGAGGCCCCACACAUGUCUCAUUCGAAAACCAGUAAUAAAUAUUAUUUGUAUGUGAUGAAA